AUGUCAUUAAAAGAUAGAACAUCUGAAUUCCACGCAGCUGUUGAAUCAAUUAAAUCAUGGUCAACAAACAGUCAUGGAUUAACAAAUGGAAGUCGGAGUAACGGUCUUGUUGGAAUAAAUAAAACUGAAUUUUCAAGGAUGGCAUCUGCAAUUGGCAAAGAUAUUAAUUCUACAGCAGCCAAAUUACAGAAAUUGACGAAUUUGGCAAAAAGAAAAACAUUAUUUGACGAUCGUCCAGUUGAAAUAAGCGAAUUGACAUAUAUAAUUAAACAAGAUAUUGCAAAGUUAAAUAAACAAAUAGCACUUCUUCAACAAUAUGUUCGAGAAAAUAAAAAGAAUAAUAAACAAGCAGAUGAACAUUCUUCAAAUGUGGUGGUGAUGUUGCAAUCUAAAUUAGCAAAUACAAGUAUGAGUUUUAAAGAUGUAUUGGAAAUCAGGACUCAAAAUAUGAAAGAGAGUAAAGAUAGGAGGGAACAAUUUAUGUUUUCGAGUAAUCAACAUACAAAUAAUACGCCAUCAGGUGAUUCACCAUUAUAUAAAACACAAAAACGUAAUGAUAAUCGAAAUACUGAUUUUCUUGCACUUGACAUGUCAACCGGACAAUCUCAUCAACAGCAACAACAAUUACAGCUAGUAGAACAACAGGACAAUUAUAUUCAUAGCCGUGCAUCAGCAAUUGAAUCUAUCGAAUCUACAAUUUCAGAACUUGGAAAUAUUUUCCAACAACUUGCCACAAUGGUUGCAGAACAACGAGAAACUGUUCAAAGGAUUGAUGCAAAUACAGAAGAAAUACAAAAUCAUGUUGAGGGUGCACAAAAAGAAUUGCUAAAAUAUUAUGCUAGCAUUUCAUCUAAUAGAUGGCUAGUAGUUAAAAUAUUUGCAAUAGAACUUAAUAUAAUUUUAGAAUUAAAAUUUAAUAUUUUAUAUAUAGAUUUUUAA